AUUGAACUUCCUGUCAACACACACACACAACGUAAACGCAGAUGGUAAAAGAAGAAAGUCCUCAUUUACAUGAACAAAUGAUCGAGAUAUGGACUUCUGCCGUACAAAUGUAAAGCUACAGCCGAACAUGGUGAGAAGUUUCCUCUGAUACUGGGAAUCCCCACGAAUCUACAUUUGACAUUUCAAAACAUCAUUCAGAGUGAAGAAGUACCCAUGGAUCUCAGUGAGGAGGAGUUGGCCCCUCUGGUGAUCAGAGACCGAGGAGGUAGCCAGAGGUCCAGUUCUAGCACUGGUCCCAGUUUACAAGUACACCUCUACUUCUUCCCAACCACAAAGGAAGCAACAACAAUACAUAUAUCAUCUGGCCAAAUCUCUGCUGAAAAUGUCUGCAUCCAAGCAGGCAUAAAAUGUGGAAUCUUACCAGUGUACCAAAGUCUUUUUGGUUUGGCAUCUGCCGAUCUUUCAUUUUGGUAUCCUCCAUCACACAUGUUCAACACAGAAGAAAACUUACAAGUACACUUUAGAGUGAGGUUUUUCUUUGGAAACUGGUUUGGACAAGGGCCGAGAACAUCGUACCGCUACAGUCUGACCCAAGACAGAAUGAGUCCAGUGCUUGACUACAGUGCUAUUGAUUACCUUUUUGCUCAGUUGCGAAGCGACUUUAUUGCCAGUGAAGCAGGAGUGUCUCCACCUUUGAGUGCCCAAGAGGAGUGCCUCGGCCUUGCAGUGCUGGACUUGUGGAGAAUGGCUAAAGAGCGCCAUCAGAGUGUAAGAGAGCUCUGCAAGACUGUCAGCUACAAAUCGUGCCUUCCUAAGUCACAUCGCCAUGAAAUCCAGAAACGAAACCGCCUGGAUCGUUAUCGCAUACGAAACACCCUCAAGCGUUUCUUAAAGAAGCUUGGCAACUGCUCAGUAGAUGAGUACAGCUUGAAGCUCAAAUACCUGAUUGAACUGGCUGGCAUUGAACCUUCACUAGGAAGCGAAACCUUCCAAGUGAAUUCUUCUUCCUCCCAUUUGAAGGCAACUUUCUCCCUUGUGCGGGUCACUGGGGAAACUGGAAUUCAAACCAGUGGAAGUUGUCAUCCUGAUGGUGCUGAGUGGCAGACCUUCUGUGAUUUUAAAGAAAUCAUCGACAUCAGUAUAAAAAGGUUAAGCCAUGAGCAGGUUCUUCAAGACAGCAGGAUGGUAACCAUAACCCGCAAAGAUGACAUUUGCUUGGAAGCCAAGUUUCAGAGUCUCAAGGAAGCACUUUCAUUUGUGUCACUUGUUGACGGCUACUUCAGACUGACCACAGACUCUAGCCACUACUUCAUUCAAGACAUUGCUCCUCCAAGUCUUCUGGAGGGGUUAAAAAACCAUUGUCAUGGCCCAAUCAUAUCAGAGUUUGCAGUGAACAAGCUGAAAAAGUCAGGAUUUAAAGGUGGUACGUUCCUUCUGCGACAAAGUCCCAAGAACUAUGAUAACUUCUUCCUCACUGUUUGUGUUCAGACUCCACUUGGACUUGAUUAUAAAGACUGUCUCAUUAUCAAGAAUGAGCAGUACAGUCUUCCUGGUGUCCAGAAAUUAUUUUCCAGUUUGAAAGCACUCACCAGCCAUUACCAACACAACAAGCUGCUACUGGCUGAAGUACCUGUCAUGUUGGACCACUGCUGUCCACCCCGACCCAAAGAGCUCACAAAUAUGAUCAUCAUACGCAACAUCAGCUCUGUAGAAGCUCAAGGGUCCCCAACACCUGAAAGGAACAAAUUCAGUCAUAUCCAGUUCCACAUGAUCAAAUAUGGAGACCUGGAAUGGGGUGAAAGCCUUGGAAAGGGAUCCUUCACUCUUAUUUUCAAAGGCUACAAAAAAGACAUCCAUGAUGGGGAGAAACACGUCACAGAAGUGUUCCUGAAAGAGCUUAAUGUUGUUCACAAAAACUGCUGGGAGUCAUUUUUUGAAGCUGCCAGCUUGAUGAGUCAGAUUUCACACAAACACCUACUCCAUGUAUAUGGCGUCAGUGUUCAUGGUGUAAAAAACAUCAUGGUGCAGGAGUUCGUUGAGUAUGGCGCCCUUGACCUUUACUUGAAGAGAGGAAGAUCUGUGUCAGUGAGCUGGAAACUUGACGUAGCCAAACAGCUUGCGUCUGUCCUAAACUUUCUGGAAGAGAAGAACAUUGUUCAUGGAAAUAUAUGUGCCAAAAAUCUGCUGCUGGCCAGAGAAGGUGACCCGUCUCAGGGCAGCUCUCCUUUCAUCAAGCUGAGUGACCCGGGCAUCAGUGUGGCCAUGCUGGGCAAGAAUGUCAUCCUAGACAGGAUCCCCUGGGUGGCCCCUGAGGUGCUGGAGGCUCCAGACAACCUGACGCUGGAGUGUGAUAAGUGGAGCUUUGGUGCUACUGUGUGGGAGAUCUUCAACAGUGGGAUCAAUUUGCUGCAAGGCUGGGAUUUAGAUCAGAAGCGGAAGUUUUAUGAGAGCGCCCAGCAGCUGCCUCCGUCCCCGUGGACUGAGCUCGCUGAUCUGAUCAGUCAGUGUAUGGACUACCAGGCAGCCUUCAGACCUUCCUGUCGCAGUAUUAUCCGUCAGCUCAACAGUCUGAUCACUUCAGACUAUGUGAUACUACAUGCCACUGAGCCCGUAACACAGAGCCCUGUGCUGAGGGCCCUCAGCCCCGCUCAACCAGACCAAGCAUUGUUUGAGGAGAGACACCUGCGCUACAUCUCCCUACUGGGAAAAGGGAACUUUGGCAGCGUUGAACUUUGUCGUUAUGACCCGCUGGGUGAUAACACGGGUGAGCUGGUUGCUGUGAAGAAGCUGCAGCCCAACAAGCAGUCGACCCUGGAUGACUUCAAGAAGGAGGUCAAAACCCUCAGUGUUCUUCACUGUGACUACAUCGUCAAAUACAGAGGAGUCUGCUAUAGCAUGGGUCGCCUCAGUAUGAGUUUGGUGAUGGAGUACCUUCCCCACGGCAGCCUUAUUGGCUACUUGGAGAAUAACCAACAUAAAGUCAACACCAGGCGGCUUCUGCUUUUUGCUUCUCAGAUCUGUAAGGGGAUGGAAUACCUGCAGACCCUGCGUUAUGUGCACAGAGACCUCGCAGCCAGAAAUAUCCUUGUGGCCAGUGAGACGCUGGUGAAGAUCGCUGAUUUUGGGCUGACCAAGAUUAUUCCUUUUGACAAGGAGUACUACCGAGUCACGCAGCCUGGAGAGAGUCCCAUUUUCUGGUAUGCUCCAGAGUCCAUCAGUGAGUCCAGAUUCUCCCCCAAGUCAGAUGUCUGGAGUUUUGGAGUCGUUCUUCAUGAGCUCUUCUCCUACUGCAACAUGAACUCCAACCCAAAAAGACUGUGCAUGCAGGAGAUUGGACACAGUGUGCAGAGUCCAUCCAUUUCAAUGCAUUUGGCAAAUAUUCUAAAGACUAACUGGAGGUUGCCGCCUCCUCCAAGCUGCCCUCCGAAGGUGUACGGUUUGAUGAAGGAGUGCUGGGCGUACGACUUCGAGGAGCGGCCAGGUUUCUCCAGCCUGGCAAACGAAAUUGAAACCAUCAUGCAGGACGAGAGAGAAAACCCUAAAGGCUGAUUAGAAGCCUUGUUGCGCCUCACUGUUGAACUCAUACUGGAGAGCAACAGUAUGAAAUGGUACAAUUUUAUUGUAAUUUCAUUUCCAUCACAAGUCUUGUCUAGGUAACUCCUUAAGCGCUCAGGUAAAGCUCUCUUUCCCACUCCCAUAAUGUACAAAGACGCAUACACAUGUGAGCUGAGGGGAGAGCUUCAUUAACUCCCAGCUGCUGCAUAGGCUAAACAUUGUGUUGUGUAGUAUUUCUUUAGGUAAGAGAGUGUUUGUUUGUUAUCUUUUAAUUGAAUUUUUUGUAGUAUUUUGUAAACCAGUACGAUUUUUCAAAAUAGCAGAUAUUGUGGACACAAAAGACAGCAACAUUUACUAAGGGCAGAUGAAAAAUAGAAGUUACCUGGAUGUAACUUGAGGGGUUGGGCACAUAGAUAAUAGAACAUUUACUUUUUACAGUGAAUGAGCGAUAAAAAGGCUAUAAAAACUAUGAAAUUGUCGUUUUGUUCAACAACAGGUGAAAGAUAUUUAACUAAUUCCAUGUCAGAACUACUCAGAAUACUGUACUACUAUAAUUUAGAAAAUAUAGGCAAUUUGUACCGUGCACUGCAAAGCAUGUAUUAUUACAUAUAUCACUUUAAGAUAUGUUUAUCUAAAAUAACUAAAUGAAAAAAAAGGGUUAAAGCUUUGCAGGUUUUUAAAUUUCUUUUAUAAAAAUGUAUCGAGAAGAAAUAUAUUUUGCAUCUAAUAUUUUAUUUCUGCAUGUAUACUGUGGUAGUUUGGUAGUGAAUUUUUUUUUGUAUUUUGAAGUACAUCCUUUAAUAAAAAGAUGUUGUGGCAACUGC